CAAGGGGAACGUGCCUUUUCAUGACGAAUUUCCCUAAAAGCUGUGGGACCAAAAAUGCCGUAAAAAUAGUUCCAAAUACAAGGACAGAUAGUAUCACUCUCAAAAGCAAUUCAAUUGAGCGGGAUCGAGAUCAAUCCUUCUGUGUCCGUUGGUUGGUUUGUUUUGAAUUUCAAAAUACUGAACGGUAUCAUUGGACCUUGGUAAACCCACUCUUGUAAACCCGUUAACCCGAAAGUCCAAACCCACAAUCCCUACAUUUCCCCCACAUUUCUCUCUCCCCCUCCUUCUGGUUUCAGGUUCUUCACAGUUACCCAAAACUUUAUUUUCAGGGCUCUUUGGGAACUAUUGUUUCAACUCUCUCCAUUUGGGUUUUUGUUGUUUUGAAUUUUCAUUCAAUCUGCUUUCUUUUUCUAAAAAGGGAAAAGUUUUCUUCUUGAGCCUCGUUGAAGUUUGUAUUUGUUUCAAAAUUUUUCCUUUUUGUCACCCCUACUCUGAUAUUCACUGUUCUCAUUGCUGCCCAUUUCCUUUCUCUUACAAAGUUGCCUUCUUUUGAGCUAGUUGAGAUCAAACUUGCUUCAUUUAUCUGUUUUUUUUACUCCCCUCAAAGAAAGAAAAAACAUUUCUUUGUAGCUCUGAGAAAAUAUAUACCUUGAACUGCGACUGCCAAUGGGUGCUUCUGGGAAAUGGGUGAAAUCUCUUAUUGGUUUCAAGAAGACUGAAAAGGAGGACCAAGAAAAGCUGAGCGGCAAGAGUAAGAAAUGGAGGUUAAGGAGGAGUUCUUCAGCGGACUUGGUGUCCUCGUGGAAGGGUUUUAAAGGAAAGUUUCGAGCAGAUUCUGAAGGAUCUGAUUCUUCACCAAGGACUGAUGCUUUCACCGCUGCAAUGGCCGCAGUAAUUCGAGCUCCUCCUAAAGAUUUCAGGGUUGUAAGGCAAGAAUGGGCUGCUAUACGCAUCCAAACUGCGUUUCGUGGCUUCUUGGCAAGAAGAGCUUCGAGGGCUUUGAAAGGAAUUGUGAGGCUUCAAGCCUUAGUUCGUGGUCGACAGGUGAGAAAACAGGCUGCUGUGACACUUCGGUGUAUGCAAGCUCUUGUUCGUGUCCAGGCUCGUGUUAGGGCUCGUCGUGUGCGAAUGUCCAUAGAAGGGCAGGUAGUUCAGAAGAUGCUUGAUGAACGCCGCAGUAAGGCUGAUAUCUUGAAACAAGCAGAGGAUGGCUGGUGUGAUAGCAAAGGAACACUGGAGGAUGUUAAAACAAAGCUACAGAUGAGGCAAGAAGGAGCAUUCAAGAGAGAAAGAGCACUUGCUUAUUCUCUUGCUCAGAAGCAAUGGAGAUCAAACCCUGGUUCAACUACCCGAUCAAAUAAUUCAUUUCCAUAUCUCAAAAAUGAAGAGUUUGACAAGAAUAGUUGGGGAUGGAGUUGGCUAGAACGUUGGAUGGCAGCCCGGCCAUGGGAGACUAGAUUGAUGGAGCAAUCACAGGCUGACCCUUCAGAAGUAACUCCACCAUCAAAAAGUUAUUCUUCUGAGUCCCUCGUGGGAAAGAAUACAAGAUCUUCGGAACAAUGCUCUGUGAAAGUCAGAAAGAACAAUAUUACCACUAGGAUUUCUUCAAAGCCUCCCCAUAUUGGGCAAGUUACUCAAUCAUCUUCGAGUCCAAGUUCUGAAUUUCGAUUUGAUGAGAGCUCUGCUUCAUCUUCAAUAUGCACCUCUACCACACCAGUUUCUGGAAACGUUAUCUUGGCUUCAGAUAGAACAGAGGAGAGUGGCAAUAGUAGGCCAAACUAUAUGAACUUGACACAGUCUACCAAGGCAAAACAAAGAGUUGGUAAUCAUGCCUUUCACAGAAUUCAAAGGCAGUCCAUGGAUGAGUUCCAGUUCAAGAAAUCAGCUGCUUUCUAUAAUGGGGAUUCAAAUAGUAGUGCUGGUUUUGAUCCCUCAUUCCAUAUGUCUCGACCACUAUGUCCUCCUACGCGAUUGGAUAAAGGCACAAUGAAACCCAGGGAGAGGGGAAAUUGCUUGUAUGAUUAGUUGGAUGGAUUUAAUUGGAUAAAAGAU